AGUGACGUCACUCAUCUCGGCACCGGUCUGCUGCCUGUCUGCCCCAGACAGCUGAGGAUUUCCAGACGGGGGAUCCCGGCUCAGUACACGGCCUUAUUUUGUCGAAACGUCGUUAAGUCUUCAGCGUGUUUAAAUGGCGAAGACGUACGAUUAUCUCUUCAAACUGUUGCUCAUCGGAGACAGCGGGGUCGGCAAGACAUGUCUGCUGUUCAGAUUUAGCGAGGACUCCUUCAAUACCACCUUCAUAUCCACAAUAGGAAUAGACUUCAAAAUCAGGACAAUAGAGCUGGAUGGAAAGAGAGUUAAACUUCAGAUCUGGGACACUGCAGGACAGGAGAGGUUUCGCACCAUCACUACAGCGUACUACAGAGGGGCUAUGGGCAUCAUGUUGGUCUAUGACAUCUGCAAUGAGAAGUCCUUUGAAAACAUAAAAAACUGGAUUAGAAAUAUUGAAGAGCAUGCCUCAUCUGAUGUGGAGAAGAUGAUCCUGGGUAACAAAUGUGACAUGACUGACAGGAGACAGGUGUCCAAAGACCGAGGUGAAAAACUUGCUAUUGAUUAUGGAGUCAAAUUCUUGGAAACCAGUGCAAAGUCUAGCUUAAAUGUAGAGGAGGCUUUUUAUACUAUGGGAAGAGACAUAUUACAUAACCUGAGCUCAAAGACAACUGACAACAGUGCUGGAGGGUCAGGCAAACCGGUCAAGAUCACAGAGAAAAAGUCGAAGAGAAUUAAAUUCUUCAAGUGUUCGACUCCUCUAGGCUGCUCAUCUCUAGCGUUCACCGAUCACAGCCAGCGUGAUUUAGCUGUUUUGGAGGGUUGCUGCCUCCCGGAGGUCCUCGCGGCAGCGGUGGCACCGGUCGUGAUCAGAGGAGCCUUACUGCCAGCUGAUGCUGAGAUGCCAUCCUGAUCGGCUGACCAGAGGAGCAUCAAUGAGGCAGGAAUGAGGCCUGACACUGUAUAUCCGCUCAUGCAAAUGACUUGUGCGUGAUCGUCAGAAGCGGUUUGUAGCUAGCCGGGCAGUGUCUGCUCACAGGAGGCAGAGAUUCUGUUGGCAAUUAUAAUACCUCUGGUUGAGCUCAUGAAAAUAUCUCAGUUUCACAUAGUUGUCUUAUAAAAGUAAAACCAUGAAAACUUUUUUUUUUCAUAUACUCUAGCAUUAUUUUAUACACACUACCUAUUGUUAUAUUUACUGAUGAUUCUGUGAGAUGGACAUAUCAAAUCUCAGCAUUGAUUGUAUUUGUGUGAAUUCAUGUAUAUUAAUAGGCUUAUGUCUCCAUUUGCACUGGCACCAUUUCUGCUUGUUCAUGUGUGCCUAGAAGGACUUACAGUAUUGUGAUAGAAAAGACAAAAGUAUGUAUAAAUACAACCUACUGUAUUCUCUCAUUUUUAUUUAUUCUUUUUUAUUGGAACCUUUAUUUAUACAGGUUUCCGUGACAAAAUAAGACUGUGAAAGGGUUGUUUGUUUUCUGGAAGCUGUACUUGAUACUUAUUGUUAUGCUGUUGUCAGUAUUUGCAUGAAAGCUGUAGGGACACCUCUGAGAGGGUUGUUGUUAAGCACAUUUUACAGUAUGUCAAAAGAAAAUGUUUACAGACAGUAUUUCAAAAGUGUCAACCAUGUAUAGGACAUUCAUGUUUUUGCUGUUCGCAUAGUGUGUACAUAAGCACAAUUAACAGUUGUGUAUAUCCUUCAUUUUCACCUUAAACUUUAGAUGUCCCAGCAGAUCCCCUUUACAUCUCUACCAUGAAAACACAAUGAUGGGGGAAAGCUGUAAUGUGAAUGAUUGUCUUUGUAAGCUACUGUAUGUAACACCAAUGAAAAGUAAAGACAGUAAAGAAAGUGGGUCUUCAAAAGAGA